GAAGAAAAACAAAAUAAGAGAACCAAAUACUGAUUCUUCUUAAUCUGCACCAGCUCUGGAACUCGAAUCUCAAGUUGGACGUCCGAUGGGAGUCUCCGAAUGGUCCCCGAGCCUAAGAAACUCCUCCGCCUCCGCCACCACCUCCGUUUCCUCCGAAUGGACUAUGAGAAACUGUUCAACAGAUUCGGAUCGUCCAAUACAAUUCCAAAGCCACCAAGAACAAAGAGAAGCUGUAUCACGAGAAGUAGAAGACAACGACGAAGAAAAGGCCCGCUGUGAGUGGGACUUCAAUCUCGUCACCGUCGUCUCUUCCAGUACCGUCGGAGCUGUAUCUGACACCCUCGGCGUGAUUGAGUUCGACCCUUCUGAUUAUCUUUUAGCAACAGGAGGAAUUGCCAGAAAGAUUCGUGUUUAUAGUUUAGGCUCUUUGUUACCGCAUGAAACUUGCCAAGGUGCAGAGGAUGAUACUACCUACUUAGACCACACCAGUGCGUGUGACUACUACAUAUACACCCCGGCGAAGCUUAGCAGUCUCCGGUGGAAGCCCGAUACGGGCAGCCGUGUAUUGGGAUCGGGAGACUAUGAUGGGGUUGUCACGGAGUAUGAUCUCGAACAUCAGGUGCCAAUAUUCGAGCGAGACGAGCACGGCGGUCGGCGCGUCUGGAGCGUGGAUUACUCACAUUGGUCCCCUGCACUAGGGGCAUCAGCGUCUGAUGACGGAACCGCACAAAUAUGGGACACGCGCUGUGGUGGUGGUACGUGCGUGGCCUCUGCACAGCCUAGUGCUUCACGGAGCUCCGUGUGUUGUGUCGAAUUUGACCCGUAUGGUGGGUCGAUGAUUGCCGUUGGGUGCGCAGAUCGGAGGGCCUACGCCUACGAUGCUCGGAAAAUGUCGGCUCCGUUGUUGGUUUUUCACGGACACCGGAAAACCGUUACUUAUGUCCGUUUCGUCAAAGACGGUAUGAUUGCGACUGCCGGAACCGAUGGGUGCCUAAAGCUCUGGGACAUGGGUGAUGCACGUUCCAUUCGCACGUACGAGGGCCAUGUGAACCGCCGGAGUUUCGUUGGUCUUUCCGUUUGGAGGAAUGGAGGACUUCUGGGAUGCGGGUCGGAGAGUAACCAGGUGUUUGUCUAUGAUAAGAGGUGGCGUGAUCCCAUAUGGGUGUGUGGGUUUCAACCCAAUUCUCGACCAGAGUAUGAUAAUGGUUUUGUCAGUAGCGUUUGCUGGAGACAAGUCGGAGUUGAUCAAUCUAUGCUUGUGGCCGGCGGACCUGACGGCGUCCUACAGGUUUUUGUGGGCAAGAGAAAGUCAUCCCCCUUCGGUGGCUUCUCCGGCCCAUUCGCCUAGAAUUUGAUUUCGCUUUCUUUCGUUUGCUUAGCUUGUUCGAUGUUUUUUUGUUUGCAUUUUGUUUAACAUUUUUGUGUUUUGAGAAAUUAUAAAAAAAAAAAAAAACAAACA